UGGCCGCUGUCAACGGGAGAAAUUAGUUCACUCACCUGAAAAGCAAAAAACGAAAAAAUUUAUAAAAAUAUUUUACUAAUAAAAAUUAUAAUUGUUUUUCUUUAAUUUGUUUUUAAUAAAUAAAGAGAAAAUGAUGUGUUAAUUGUACGUAGUAUUAUUGAAAGUAUUUCUAUAUUUAAUUAUUGGCAAAUCUAUUACACAAUGAAAACAAAAGUUAAGUGCGUUGUCUGUGAAAAAUAAUAAAAGAACGGACAGAAAAAGAGAAAGAAAAAAUAUCCAACCAGCAAGAGAAGAAAUAGAAAGCCAACCAACAAAACUUCCAAAUUAAAUUAUUUUAACAAAUCACAAAAAAAAACAAUAGGCAAACAUAAGAAUAUGAAUAUAUAGAUUAGUAUUUAAAACGGAAAAUAUGUUUUAAACAAAAUUAAAAAGAAACAGAACAAAUUAUUGAACCAUGUUCAAGAACAACAAAAACCUUUUUUUAAUAAUUUGAGUGUGAAAACGAUAACAUCAGCAGCGGCAGAGCAGCAGCAACAAAAAAGACAUAAAUAGUAAUUGGAUAAAAGACAAAAACAACAAGAAACACAGUAAGAUGUGUGUAAAUAACACACUGCAGCAGCGGCAACAAUACAUCGACGAAGACGACGACGAUGACGAGGGAACAACAGCUGCAUCAGCAGCAAUUAAACACAACAUUUGCAAAUAUGCCAGCAAUAACAGAAAUAACUUAAAUAAUUUCUUCAACAGCAGGACUAACAAUACAACAACACAACAAUAUUUACAUCAGCAGCAAUAUAAUGCAAUAACAACGACAGUUGUACCAAACGUAACAACUGCGACAACAGCAACUUUUAAUUGUAAAUACAGACGGAAACAUAUUUUACUGUUGCUAUUGGUUUUAUUUCACAUUUGCUCCAGCUUUUUGACACACGUUUCGGCCUACAAUUGCUCCGCACCUGGUGGUCACUGUCAAAAUGAUGGCAAAUGCAAGGAGGAUGUUGGCCAGUGUGUUUGUGCUGAUGGUUGGCAAGGACCCGAAUGCCAAUUUUGUGGUGGUAAAGUUAGGAUGUAUCAUCAGAACGGCAUCAUACACGAUGGUUGGGGUAAUUAUUCCGUAAGUGUAAAAUGUAGUUGGUUAAUUGAUACAAAACACUGGAGUCAUAAGCAUGGUAAGCCGCCCACUAUACGCAUGCAUUUGCGUGAAUUUGCAACAGAAUGUGGUUGGGAUCAUUUGUAUAUAUACGACGGUGAUAGUGUAGAUUCUCCGCUUUUAGCUGUUUUUAGUGGCCUUAUGUAUAGAGGCAAUUUUUCCAUACGCAGCGUUCCACAAGUUAUAGCACGUUCGGGCACUGCUUUAUUGCAUUUUUUCAGUGAUGAUGCCUACAAUAUGUCUGGUUUUAAUUUAUCAUAUCGCAUGAAUGCCUGUCCCAGUGAUAAUGAGGAAAUUGAGUGCUCUGGUCAUGGCAAAUGUAACGAUGGUUUCUGUAGUUGUGAUCCCUUGUAUAGUGGUGAGGCGUGUAAUAUAGCUGCUUGCCCCAAUAAUUGUAUGGAGGAUAAAAAUCAUGGUGUUUGUAAUUUGGAAGAAGAGAGAUGCAUUUGCAAAGAGGAAUAUGGUGGCAAUGAUUGUGGACAAUUGAAGGCUCAUGGUGUUUGGUCGAGUGUCAAUACUAAACAAUCUUCACCACCACCAGGUACAGCUUCCCAUGCUGCUGCUGUGUGGCGUGAUACCAUGUACAUUAUUGCCGGUGAAUCAUAUGGUCGUGGUAAACUUAUGACCACCUAUGAUUUCAAUGGCAAUGUCUGGGAAACUGUCCACACUGAGAAAGGCAGCACAGUGCCGGAGCAGCGCUAUGGCAUGUCCACCGUUAUGUAUGGCGAUAAAAUCUUCAUGUAUGGCGGUGUUGUCAAAGGUUCCGGUAUUUCUAAUGAACUUUGGGCUUUUGAUGUCUCUGCCAAAACUUGGGAAAAUAUAACUGUAAAUGCAGAACCUUGCAAUACUCUUAGUACACCCUAUGCCAUGUGUGGUCCAUUGCAUGUUACAGGACACACAGCCACUUUAGUGCCUAGUUUUGGAGACAAACAUAGUUAUCCUUAUAUGGUGGUGAUCUUUGGUCGUUCUCCUCAAUAUGGCUACUUGAAUACGGUGCAGGAGUUUAAUUUCGGUACCCGAGAAUGGAAAAUUGUUGAGACCUCUGGUUAUGUAGUCAAGGGUGGUUUUAGUCACAGUGCUGCCUAUGAUUAUUUGACAGAGAAAAUCUAUGUUUAUGGCGGUAUAGUAUCGGAGUCGGAAGCUAGCCAAUAUAUAACCACACGCUUGUAUGCUUACUCACCCUCCACGCAUACUUGGACGUUAUUGUCUUCAGCUCCUAGUGCGCGUCUCUUGCAUACGGCCAAUUUUGUCAAUCAAGGUUUAAUGAUGGUAUUCGGUGGCAAUACUCAUAAUGAUACCGCAGAGAGUUAUGGAGCUAAAUGUUAUAGUCAAGAUUUAUUAGUUUACGAUGUUUUCUGUGAUUCAUGGCAUAAACAAAACAUUCCAAUGCAUUUACAAGCAGAUUUAGCCAGAUUUGGUCAUAGUUCGGUAGUUUUUGAAGAUAAUCUUUAUAUUUACGGAGGCUUUAAUGGUCAACUACUCAACGAUAUAUUACGUUUCUCUCCCGGUCACUGUAAUUAUUAUUCGAAAGAGGAAAAAUGUACGAAUGCCCGACCGGGCGUUAAAUGUAUUUGGGAUGUGCAGAAAAUGAGAUGCAUACCCAUAACACGGGUACAACGUUCAGCUAUUUAUGGACGAGAACAAUAUGAUUACAUUGCUUGUCCUUCUAAGAGUCGUAUAACUAUGACUUCAGAACUUUUGCUGGAUGUUACGCGCUGCCAAGAGCUAAAUAAUUGUCAGUCAUGUGUUGCGAAUUCAUAUGGCUGCACUUAUUGCGGCAGUGGCGUUUGUACAAAAGAACGUUGUCGUGAAACUUCUCCUUUGACUUCGGUAUUCUAUGAAACAUCUACACAACAACAGAGCCAACAUUCCAAAGCCCAAUUUGUAAUAGCUACAAAUGCACCACCUUUGAAUAUAAAACAAUUGGAAAAUUGUCCAAUAAAAGAAGAUUUUCGUACUACAGCCUUAUGUGAACAACUGCAUACUUGUCAUGCGUGUUCGGCAAACACUGCCUGUAUUUGGGAACCAGAACAUAAUCGUUGUCGUCCAUAUACUGCUAUAAACGGUAAUCGAACAAUUGAUGAAAUAAUUUGUCCACCUUCGUGUGCUUCUCUCAGUAAUUGUCACAAUUGUACGGAGAAUGAUUGUAUAUGGUGUCAGAAUGAAUUACGUUGCGUUGAUCGCAAUUCGUAUACGGCCAGUUUUCCGUACGGACAAUGCCGGGAAUGGACAACACACACCUCCAAAUGUCGUACCUCUCCGGCUGGUUUGUGGGGUAACUCAUCGGCAUUGUCCACAGCCCAGUGUGGUUACUACAACAGUUGUUCGCAGUGUCUUGAUGAUCCUGCUUGUGGUUGGUGUGAUGAUGGCACAAAUACUGGUCUGGGCAAGUGUAUUGAAGGAGGAGCUCUAAAGCCGCACAAUUCGGCGGAAUGCCCCUCCAGUCAAUGGUAUUUCACCUCUUGUCCCAGAUGUAACUGUAAUGGUCACUCCAAAUGUUUGGAUUCGGUGCACUGCGAACAGCCUUGUUCGAAUCUGACCUUUGGUACUCAUUGCGAAAAGUGUGGUCCUGGUUAUUGGGGAAAUCCCAUUAAUGGUGGUCAAUGUCAGAAAUGUGACUGUAACCAGCAGGGAGAUAUCUGUCAUCCGGAUACGGGUAAAUGUUACUGCAAUACCAAAGGUAUUGUGGGAGAUCAUUGCGAAAAAUGUGAUUCACAGAAUCACUAUCAUGGCGAUCCCAUUUCCUCAACCUGUUACUAUGAACUCACCAUUGAUUAUCAGUUCACUUUUAAUCUAUCGAAGAAAGAAGACCGCCACUUUCGUCAAAUCAAUUUCCGCAAUUCACCCGUGAAGCCUGAAAUCGAUGCUGAUUUCACAAUUACCUGUAGUGUGCCGGCAAAAAUGGACAUUAUUGUUAAAUUUGCCGGUUCGCAAAGUAAAAUUCUUUUUACCAAUAUUAAUUGUUCAACAUUUCGUCAUCGCUUCCCCAAGACUGAGUACCAAUUUGGUCAUUCGCCAGAAGACAAUAGUUCGUUGACAACGUUCUAUGUAUUUGUGCAUGACUUCCAACCUCCCAUUUGGAUACAGAUUGCGUUCUCACAAUAUCCCAAACUCAAUUUGCAACAGUUCUUUAUAACAUUUUCAACUUGCUUUUUGUUGCUACUGCUAAUGGCCGCCAUACUGUGGAAAAUUAAACAAAAGUAUGACAUGUUCAGAAGAAGACAACGUUUGUUUGUUGAAAUGGAACAAAUGGCUAGUCGUCCAUUUUCACAGGUGCUAGUGGACAUAGAAAAUCGUGAAAGUAUUGAUUUAUCUUUAACCAUGGAGGGAAUUGCAAAUAUGAGCAAGAAACGUAAAAAGGAAUGUCCGAGCCCGAUAGCAUUAGAACCCUGCAGCGGUAAUCGUGCAGCCGUUUUGUCUCUUCUAGUCCGUUUACCCACAGGUGGUCUUCAGCAUGCACCAGCUGGUCAGUCCGCCGGAUUAGCUGUAGCCAGCGCCUUAGUAACACUUGGUAAUCCAAGACGUCCUUCAAUAGAGCACUCUAAAGAGCCAAAAUCUAAACGUAAACAAAGCCAACACCCUGAUAGUUGUACAUAAUAAUUGAUUAUAAUAGAGUGUGUGAGCGUGUUUAAUUAUUAUUUUAUUUUAUGUAUUGUAUUUUUUUAAUUAUUAUUAUAUUAUUAAAUUAAAAAAACAGAUUUUAUUUAUUUAGAUGAUAAAUUGUAACUUAUUUUGUUAAUACUUAAAUUAAUAACGAUAAAUAAUGAUAAUAUUGUACUAAAGACAUUUUAUCCAUUAAGGUGAUACCAACAACAAAAAAAAAAACAAAACAACAAAAAAUUGUCAUAUUUAAAAAAUAUACAAACAAAAAACAACAACUUAUACAAUUAAACAAAAAUUAAGAAAAACAAAAAGACAAAAAAAACUUAAUUCAUGAUUAUUAUAUUACUUUGAGAUUAAGAAGACACAUUAUAAACUACAAAAAACAAAAACAAACAAAUAUUAUAAAGGCAUAGAAUGUAAAA